ACACUCGACCCGGGUCCGCCUGGUCUUCCCCGACCCCAGCCUGCAUGCUUUGGACGCUCAUUAGGCUUGGCUGGAUUGAUAAGGAGGCGGGGCUUGGUUUUAUUGGUUUUCUUUCGCUGAGACUUGAAGGCAGGCACUGCCUCUUUGACAGUAGUUGUUAGAGGCUAAGGCACAGGAGGCAUUAGUUUUCUGGUUCAUUUUCAGUGCCUCGAAGACCAGAUUGUCCCCUGAAAAUCACGUGCCCUCUCUCAUCGAACCAUAUAGCGAACAUAGGGUGCCAGGUGGCUAUAAGCUGUCGUGAACACCACACCUCCUGUGUGCCUGGGGCUCACCGCCUGACGACGGGGCACACAGCCGGCUCUCAGGCCUGGCACACAUGUGAUGUCGGAGGAGUAGGGGAGCAGCCAUGUCUCGGGGGGCCUGUGGAGGCAGUGCUCCCCCAGGAAGAGCCAUCCGAGCUGAUGAUCAGUAGAACCUGCAGAGGAGGGAAUGCAGGGCGUGCAGAGCAUUCGGCUCCCUGCGGCAGCAGGGAAGAGCUGGAUGUGCCUAGGGAAAAGCAGGCCCUGGGUGAGACAGGGCACCCAGAGCCCAGCCACGGGGCAGGCCUCCUUAGCCAGGGGAGGGUCUUGGUCUUGCUUUAAGAGCCCUGACAGCUGCUGAAGGGCCGCAGCUGCUCUGGCAUGAUCACAUUUGCAUUUUUAAAAGGUCACUUUGGUGUGAAUUCACAGAGAAGAGCUCGAGGCGACAGGAGAGUGGAGUCUCAGCCCUGGGGUCCAGCGAGCCGCGUCCACGGUUGAUCAUGGAGAGGGUUGGCUCGGGCCACCAGCCCCGAAGGUGAGGACGGCACCUGGGGCUCCGUAGACGAUUCCAGAUCAUGGAAGCGGCAGCCGGGAGGCGUGCUUGCUAAAAGUCGCAGGCCCAGCCCGACCGGCCCUUCCCGCGGGGCGUCUUCCCGAGAGGUGGUUGCUGCCCCCGCCGGCCAGCGUCUGCGGAUGGGGAGGUGCGCCCCCGACGUGGCCUUCGUGUGGAGGGCGGUGCUGACCCUGGGGCUCGUGCUCCUCUACUACUGCUUCUCCAUCGGCAUCACCUUCUACAACAAGUGGCUGACCAAGAGCUUCCACUUCCCCCUCUUCAUGACGAUGCUGCACUUGGCUGUGAUCUUCCUGUUCUCCGCCCUGUCCAGGGCCCUGGUUCAGUGCUCCAGCCACAGGGCCCGUGUGGUGCUGAGCUGGCCCGACUACCUCAGAAGAGUGGCUCCCACCGCUCUGGCUACGGCGCUGGAUGUGGGCUUGUCCAACUGGAGCUUCCUCUACAUCACCGUCUCGCUGUACACGAUGACCAAGUCCUCAGCCGUCCUCUUCAUCCUCAUCUUCUCUCUGAUCUUCAAGCUGGAGGAGCUGCGUGCGGCACUAGUCUUGGUGGUCCUCCUCAUCGCCGGGGGCCUCUUCAUGUUCACUUACAAGUCGACGCAGUUCAACAUCGAGGGCUUCGCCUUGGUGCUGGGUGCCUCGUUCAUCGGCGGCAUUCGCUGGACCCUCACCCAGAUGCUCCUGCAGAAGGCGGAACUUGGACUCCAGAACCCCAUAGACACCAUGUUCCACCUGCAGCCACUCAUGUUCCUGGGGCUCUUCCCUCUCUUUGCCGUGUUUGAAGGUCUCCAUUUGUCCACAUCUGAGAAAAUCUUCCGUUUCCAGGACACAGGGCUGCUCUUGCGGGUGCUUGGGAGCCUCUUCCUUGGCGGGAUUCUCGCCUUUGGUUUGGGCUUCUCUGAAUUCCUCCUGGUCUCCAGGACCUCCAGCCUCACUCUCUCCAUUGCCGGCAUUUUUAAGGAAGUCUGCACUUUGCUGUUGGCAGCGCAUCUGCUGGGUGACCAGAUCAGCCUCCUGAACUGGCUGGGCUUUGCCCUCUGCCUCUCGGGAAUAUCUCUGCACAUCGCCCUCAAAGCCCUGCAUGCCAGAGGUGACAGUGCCCCUAAGCCCCUGAAGGGGCUAGGCUCCAACCCCGACCUGGAGCUGCUGCUCCGGAGUAGCCAGCUGGAGGACGAGGACAACGAGGAGGAGGAAUACUUCGUGGCCCAGGGGCAGCAGUGAGCAGCCGGGGGACCAGUCAGCGGCUUGGGGACCCGGGUGGUUCCUCCUGGCCGCCGGGCAGCAGUGGGCCCAGCAUCUCCUGGGCCAGGCCUCGGAGGGCAUGCAGCCGGUGCUGGGGCCGGGGCAGAGAGCUGGUGUGCCAGGUGGGCACCAGGCCAGCCUUGGGCCUGGCCGGAGCGGGGGCCCAGCAGCGCUGGUGUCGCAGCAGGAGCAGGGAGUGGGCUGUUGCAGCCGCUCGCCAGGCUCUGAGAGCCGGGAUGGUGAUUUUAGAGAGAAGACAGGUUUCCAGGGGGCUGGGCUUGGACUGCAGUGCAGUUAGGGACGGGAGGUGGGGACGCUGGGGCCCUGUCACCUGGAGACUGUCCUUUCUCUGCAAGCAGACCUAUUUAUAGCUUGGAAAUAAAGGGUUUCCGGUCCACUGGC